AAACCAAUUCAAAACAUUAGUGAGUAGUGACCCUUUUGACGAUCGAUAUUCGCCAGUCCCAAAUACUCAACAAUCAACAUACCAAGUGAUACGAAAGUGAAAAAAUUAAGGAGAGAUCAAAUUUAGUUAUUUCAAUUCAGCAUAAUCAUAAUCACAAUCAUAAGCAACCCUAAAAAUUACGGAGAAAAUUUUUGAGAAUCAACAAUUGAUGUGCGCAGAAAUUGAAUUUGCAACUUGCAGCUUGCAACAACCUCAAGCAAUCCUCCUUGAAUAUUCAUUCUUUUUUGGGUUAAUCUUUUGUUAUUCUGUUCAGCUUAAUUUCUCCAUCUGAAUUCUCCUUAUCCAAACCAAAACUCCCAGCUCUAAGGAACUGGUCUAGUUAUGUAUAAAAACCAAUUGCAAGAGUUAGCUCAACGAAGUUGCUUCAAUCUGCCAUCUUAUGCCUGUAUCCGGGAAGGACCAGAUCAUGCCCCACGUUUCAAGGCUACUGUUAACUUUAAUGGAGAGACGUUUGAGAGCCCAAGCUAUUUCCCUACUCUAAGACAGGCUGAGCAUGCAGCUGCAGAAGUUGCUUUGAAUACGCUGGCGGAGAGGGUUCCUUCAAAAACACUUGUUGCUGAAGUUUUGGAUGAAACUGGAGUUUAUAAGAACUUGCUUCAAGAGACAGCUCACAGAGCUGGUCUCAACCUCCCUUCUUACACCACUGUCCGUUCUGGCCCUGGACAUACUCCUGUUUUCUCAUGCACAGUUGACCUUGCAGGAAUGACAUUUACUGGAGAGUCAGCUAAAACAAAGAAACAAGCUCAAAAAAAUGCAGCUAUGGCUGCUUGGUCUGCCUUGAAACAAAAUGCAGUGUCUCAGUGUAGCUCAUCUUCUUCUGCUACUAGCUCCGUAAGUCAUGAAGAGCAGGAACAAGUAGUUGUUGCUCGGUUUCUUGCCAGCCUAAACCCUGCAGGGUCAAGUAAUUCCUCACAAAGUAAUCAGCAAAAGGGUCCUGAGAGGUCAUCUGCGCCUACAACCGGCAGAAUUUUCCUUCGGUCGACUCCAACCUCAUUUGGCACCCGACGUCUGGACUGGCAAUCUUAUAAUAUCCCACCUGAAAUUUUAAGUGUUAUGUGGUAUCAAGAACAGCUUGCACAACGACAGCGCACGGUCAUGGCACUUCCUGUUCCUAUCCCACCGGUUCUUCCAUCCACUCAAGUUCUUCCAUGGAUGCCUUCUAUGUUGCAGCCGAGCCAUUAUCCGUACUGCGUGACCGGGGAACAACCCGUUUCUCUUACUCCUGGGAUUACUAUGCGUACAGGUAAUUCGCCUUACUACUUCUCAAAUCAGGUAAUGCCUGAUCCUAUGACGGCUGGGUCUAUGGUGACUAUUCAAGAAAUGCAAGAGGAAAUACUCAAAGAUCCUUCGUUUCAUUCUCCGGCAGUACCUCCAAAUGCUCCGGUUCUCGCCUGUACUAGUUCCGACCCUAUAUUGAAUGAGAGGCUUAAAAAAGAAGCCGAACAGCAGAGUAUACCCCGGACAGCUCCGCUCGAAGCCCGAGAUAAUAUCUCAACUGUGUUUGAUUCUGCAAGGCCAGCUAACAUUAGGUUGAACCAUGGCAACACAAGACCGGACUUUCCAACAGCCUUACGAGGUGUUCCGGCGGGACCCACCCAAAGGAAUUUCGUAACCCCGGUCACUAAUCCAAGAAUGCAAAGUGGUGUGGGUUCAUUUCCGGCAAGGCCUAGGUUCGGAAGAAUGCAAGAUGUGGGUUUCCGUUCAGGAUUUACUGCACCUGCAGUACAAAUCAGGACUGUUGUGCCCGUGUGUUCUGCUGCCCCGCCUAGAAAAAUGCCAAGUGCCGCCCAGACGGGAGAAUCGAGUGAUCACACGAGGAAUCAAAGUACCGAUGAUGUUUCAAUUGUUGGUUCGAAUUUGGGUAAUCUUCAACUAUAAUGAGAAUGAUAUAGUAUAGAAGAAUCAGUAUAGAUAUGCAUCUAGAAUUGGUACAGUUUGCAGUUCCAAAAUUGUAGUUAUGAUGAUGAUUUUGAUCAGCAAGCAAUUUCAAAUAAAGAAAACAAAUCUGAUCUCCCUGUUUUUUGUAUCUGAAAAUUACUGUCGUUUCACUGUUGCUUGGUAGUAUUCUAACAUCCAAGUCAAUAAUAGUGAAGUAUUAUCGACAGGGUCGUCUUAAACAUUUUGAGGCCUGUGUUCUAAUUUUAGAAUUAGACCCUUAUUAUUGAAGUCAUAACUUAAUCC